AUGCUUAGCAACAUUAUUGCAAUCAGCUUUGCAAUGAAGUCCCAAGAGAACAUAAAGCAUAUACGAGAAAGCGACAUUGAUUACAAUGGUAAAUUAGAAGGAUGCGAUCAAUCAAAUACAAUUAAUUACACAGCUUAUGAUUAUGAAAUUUUGCCAAUUUAUAAAAUUGCUUCAGGACAAUAUAAAUGCAUCAUUGGGAAUAUAUUAAUCGGUUCCGAUUCAGAUAUUGUUGGGAUUUCAGGUUUUCCAGAUGAAAAUAGUAAUUUUGUAUACUCAAAUCUGAUUCAAAAACCACUUGUUGCAAUGGGAAAGACCAAUUUCAAAAAGCAUAUGUCAGAUCAACCAUUUCCUAUAACAAGAAUUGGAUGCAAGGAUAAAACAAAGAGUUGUUCAGUUCAAAUAGCAUAUUUACCAACAGUAGGUUAUAUGAAAAAUAAUGAUCCAGAAGAAGGACCUACUGAAGCAUCAGUUAAACUUGUUGUUGACACCAAAUCAAAUGGACAGAACACACUCAAAACUUAUCAAUCGAAAGAUGCUAGCGGAACUAUAAAAAGAUUCUCAUCCAUCGGAAUUUUUAUUUCAAAGAGUGAUAGAAAGUUUAGAAAAUGGGAAAUGGAAGGUGUACAUGUUAUGGCUUCCCCAGGCGAUUUUAUUUAUGAUUUUUCAAACAAAACAAUGUCUAGUUUAACACCAUAUUGGACUAUAGUUAGCCAAGAUCGUGAAGAAUUCUCAGAAGAAAUAUAUGAAUUCAGAUUUAAAUAUGAUGAGAUACCAGAUUCAGAAUCAUUGGCUCCGUUUUUAUUUAGAGAUGAUCUUAGUCUCACAAUUCCUACUAAGUAUGGAUUAAGGUCGCCAAAAAAAGUGCGGAAAUUAAAAACCGCUGUUUGA